AAAAACAACAAAUUUUAUCAUGGAACAUUUCAUCUUUCUGGUACUCCUCGUACUGUUUCUCAUCACCAGCCGGUUCAUUCUCAACCGCCGCGUUAAAAAAAACCAAGCCCCCGGUCCAACCGGCUUGCCCAUAAUCGGAAACCUCCACCAACUGGGCCCCAAGCCACACUGCGCCCUCUCCUCUCUGGCCCAAACCUACGGCCCAAUCAUGUCCCUCCGUCUGGGCUCAGUCACCGUGGCCGUGGUCUCUUCUCCAGCCGUGGCCCAAGAAAUCCUCCAAAAGAACGACCAAGCCUUCGCCAGCCGCCCCAUCCCAGAAUCCGUGGCGGCGCAGCCCAACGUGGGCGACACCCUAGCCUGGGCCCCCGCCGACUCACGGUGGCGCAACCGCCGCCGCGUCUGUACCACUCAGAUUUUUACCGCCCAACGUCUGGACCUGCUACAGCACCUCCGGCACGGCAAAGUACAGGAACUGGUUGAGCACCUUCGGAAGCAAGGUUCGAAUGGAAAAUGUGUUCCAAUUGGAGAUCUGGCAUUCGCGACGAUGCUGAACCUGGUAUCGAACACGGUGUUUUCGGAGGAUUUGGUAGAUCCUGAGUUCGAGAGUGCAGGGGAGUUUAAGGAGCUGGUGUGGAGGAUCAUGGAGGACGCAGGGAGGGUUAACCUCUCAGACUACUUUCCUUUGCUGAAGCCGUUUGAUUUGCAGGGCGUUAAGGGACAUGUGGCGGUUUCAUACGUCAGGUUGCAUGAUAUUUUCGACCGCAUGAUUCGGAAACGUGUUGCGGAAAGAGAGGGUCCGCGUGUCGCCAAGGGGGAUUUCUUGGAUGUGUUGCUUGAUCAGUGUGAACUAGGUGAGGCGUCCCAUUUCACCGUUGAAAGCAUUAAGCCGUUGAUUCUGGAUUUGUUCAUAGCGGGGAGUGACACAUCAGGAUCAACAACAGAGUGGGCAAUGGCAGAGCUUCUACGGAAUCCAGAAGUAAUGCAGAAAGCAAGAGAGGAACUGAUGGAAGUGAUUGGGUCGUCGAACGUUGAAAUAAGAGAAUCAGACAUUCCUAGACUUCCGUACAUGAGAGCAAUAGUGAAAGAAACCCUUCGGCUUCAUCCAGCUGUUCCCCUUCUAUUGCCGUACGUUGCAGGAGAGGAUGUUGAAGUGAGUGGUUACACCAUUGAGAAAGGGAACCAAGUCCUGAUCAAUGCAUGGUCGAUUGGGAGGAACCCCCAGUUUUGGGAUGAGCCAUUGUCGUUUCAGCCCGAAAGGUUUCUGAGAUCGAACAUAGAUUUCAAAGGCAGGGAUUUCGAGUAUUUGCCUUUUGGUGGUGGUAGGAGAAUUUGCCCUGGCUUGCCACUUGCUAAUCGGAUGAUCACUUUAAUGUUGGCUGCGUUUCUCCACUCUUUCCGCUGGGAGCUUCCUCCGGGUGUCACUCCUCACACCCUUGACAUGACUGAGCAGUAUGGAAUCACCUUGAAGAAGCUUUCUCCUCUUUAUGCUAUUCCCAUACCACUCUCAAAUUCCCCCGAAUUCAAUCUUUUUUUCUCUGUAAAAGGUCAAUGUAACAAGUUUCGUCAUUAAUAUUGCAUAAUAAUAUUUACUUCUCUUCUUA